CACGCAUCACGGUGAAUGUUCGUGAAAUGCUUCUCUCACUGUUCUGUGUAACUCAAUAGGACAGUUUCUAUACGAAAUGAUGCCGGUGACUUUGGAAACGUCGGAGUGACAUUGAAGAACACGCAUGUCUGGAGAUCCCUAAACGAACCUUCCUCUCCAGCCAGUACUAGCUCAUUUACAGUCAACAUCCGUACAUUGUGGACCUGUUACCAUUGGACUGGCACCACUGACCAUUUCACCCCGGUGUGGAUACUUGUACUGACCGCAGUGGAUUUGCGUGAUUUCCAAACGACCCACAUCGUUUUAAUUUACUUGGAUGAGUUUUCGAUCUAAUUUCUUUUUCUUUGAUUUGUAAUCCUAACGCAGAUUCAUUUGCACUUAAAUUCAGCAAAAAACUGUUAAAUAAUGACUAUUUAUUAUCAAUCCGUCCUUAAAAUUCUUAAUUUUUGUAUGUGUUUAUGAGAUGCGUAAAAAGGAAAAACACUGCGCGUCCUAAAAUUCACAUAGGAUCCUCGAGUUUCGGUCACAUUCCCGUAAACAUCUAUGGAGUAAUGCAGCUUGCUUUGAACUUGCGUUGAGGAGGGUGCCUGGAUUAUUAUCUGAGGGACGGAGUGAGGAUGCAGUCGGGGAUGCGGGCGCUCUGUGCCGGCGGAGGCGCGUCUCUCUGCUGCCUGCUGAUGCUGUGGAUGAUCUACACCCACCUCCUUAAAGAAGGUCAGUUGGCAGUCGGCACAUGUGAGAUUGUGAUGUUGAAUAGAGACAGCAGUCAACCCAAGCGCACUAUCGCCAGGCAGACAGCCCGCUGUGCCUGCCGGAGAGGACAGAUCGCUGGUACCAUGCGGGCCCGACCAGCGUGCGUGGACGCCCGUAUAGUGAAAAGCAAGCAGUGGUGUGAGAUGACUCCAUGUACAGAGGGCGAGAUUUGCGGCCUGCUCUUUAAUCGCUCUGGAUGGACCUGCACCAAAGGCGGCGGGCGCAUUAAAACUGUCACGCCUCUGCCCAAAGAGCCAUCUUAAAGGACUUCAGACUGCCGUGAGGAGGUUUGCUGACAUUCACAGGAACAACGAUGCCAAACAGGAAUUAUACAUCAGUCCCACACAUUUGUGUCCAUCCACUCAUCUCGGAGCUAAAGAUAUCAGCCUCCCCACUCAUCGCCCUCAAAACAGGAAAUGGAAACCAUGUGCUAUGGUUACAGUCACUCAAGCAUCCGUACAGUUACAUACAGGUCAUUGAGUCCCAGUAGCAGCCAUCAGUUCUCGUUAACACAGCGGGAGACGUCUUGUGAACAUUUCUUUGCAAAACCUUGACAUCGUUCAACUCCGCUGUUUAGGUUUUCAGAUCUUUAUAAAGCUUACCGUAGCCAGGAGAAAAAAUUUGCUUGCUUUCCAUUUAAGCCAAUGGAGAAGACUGCUCAUGCAACUUUUAAACAAAGAUUCUACAACAUCUUCAAAGAGCAGUCAGUUCAAAAUGAUCUAGAUGGACCCGUACGGGUGCAAUUCACAACCGCCACCUGUCUCUUCAGAGCAAAGACGUGUCAGUGACAGGCCAAGGAUAUUAAAUGUACAGAAAAGAUGAACUUUUGGGUCUCUCUGUAUAGAUACUUGAAUUGCGGACAAAUUCAUCCGAUGCAUUGAGAAAAUUGGACAAAGCAGCAGAUGACUAAUAUUUACUGUAGAUAUGACUUCUUUUUUCAUGUGCUUUGGCCAUAUGAAUUCUGUGCUGUGAGCUCUGUCUGAGAAUGGCAAUGCAUUGAUAGUGUCAACUCUUAUCAUGGGUGCUUUAAAGGUGAAAAAUGUUUGGAUGUCAUCUGUUCCUUUGUUUCUGGGGCCUUUGUCUUACACUCUGCUUUAAAUGUCUGUCUCAAAUGGAUAUAUAUAUAUAUAUAUAUAUAUAUAUAUAUAUAUAUAUUUCUAUCAAUACCUUAUUUUGACUGUAAACUGACACUUGCAAUGCAGUAUUGACCUAGAUAGGAAAUAAAGGGUGUGUCCAUGUAAAUCAUACAUAACGCUUUGGGAUGUUUCUCCAUGGGUCAUGCUGAUAUGCAUGAAGUCAGUUCACGUUAUUGUAAAUAAUUUUUUUUGGUAGAAUUUUUAUUCAAGAUGGAAUAACUUUCUCCACCUCUAAAAUGACUUGCUUUUUUGCAAAUGUAAUCAAGACCGAAGGGGGACUAAUACCAAUAAUAUCAUUGCAUAACUUUUCAUGAUCCAACCUUACAUUAUUUCCCACAGAAUAUUUGGUUUUACUUGGAAAUAAGUUACAUUACGGAAGAUUAAUGUGUUGUGAAUGAUGCUUCAUGUUGUCUUUAAAAGGAACAUGACAUUGAAAUUUACCUUAAUUUACUUUCAUACCAAAUGUUCCUAGACUAAUUGUGCACAAGUCAUCAGAGCACGUUAUUACAAGAAAUAAAAAUGUUACUUGGUAAGCUGGUCGCCUA